AUGCCUAGGAGCAUCCUCAUCGCGCCUCUGUCACACUCCACUGGCAGAAUGCUGUGGAGAAUCACUCUUCCUGUGCUGCUAGCGGGGGUCCUCUGCAUCACAGCAGACAGCAGGAAGUCUCGCCCACAGGGCUCCAUCCCGUCUCCCUACAAGAACAAAGGAAACCUGUCCUCAGAGCGCCAUCGCCUGCUGCAGAAGAAGCCCGAGGUGCUGUCCUCCAGCAGAGAGGCCCUGGUGGUGACCGAGAGGAGAUACCUGCGCAGGGACUGGUGCAAGACCCAGCCUCUGAGGCAGACCAUCAGUGAAGAGGGCUGCCUGAGCCGCACUGUGGUCAACCGCUUCUGCUACGGCCAGUGCAACUCCUUCUACAUCCCCCGGCACAUGGGCCCCAGCUCGGGCUCGGGCUCCGGGAGGAAGCAGCACUCCAAACUGCAGGAGCCCUUCCAGUCGUGCUCCUUCUGUCGGCCUCAGCGCAUCACACAGCUCACAGUGCAGCUGGACUGUCCCGACCUGCAGCCCCCAUUCAGGCACCGCAAGGUGCAGCGGGUCAAGCAGUGUCGCUGUAUGUCUGUGGAGGUCAGCAGCCACGGCAAACUCUGA